UCUGGUUCCAUCCUCCGACAUUUUUCCCCGCUGUAUUUUCUCCAGAAGAAGUUGCCUUAACCUCCCACAACCUAACCUACAAACUCUAAAAUUGUCACCCCCCCGGACAGUACCUGAAGUAUGUCGAACUCUUGUGUGGAAAUAAUAGAGGACAUCGAGGAUCUCAUCUCCUCCCAGGACAUCACUCCCAAGGAGCGUUACAGCAGCAGAAAGAACGUUACUAUUCGUUCAAAAGUGAAACGUAAAAAUGCAGUCAACAAGGACAACCUGGAGCCUGAGAUUCUCUCCAGUGUCAUUCCAGGGACUCAGACCAUUUAUGUGAAGACCUGGGGCUGCACUCACAACAGCUCUGACUCCGAGUACAUGGCUGGACAGCUCGCUGCCUACGGGUAUAACCUCACUAAUGACAAGUCAGAGGCGGAUCUGUGGCUGCUGAACUCAUGCACUGUGAAAGCACCGGCUGAGGAUCACUUCAGGAAUGAGAUCGAGGCUGGCAAGAAGAUGGGGAAGCAUGUGGUUGUUGCUGGAUGUGUCCCCCAGGGCGCCCCGAAGACGUCCUUUCUCUCGAACCUCAGUGUGAUCGGAGUCCAGCAGAUUGACCGAGUCGUUGAGGUAGUCGAGGAGACCCUGAAAGGCAACACAGUUCGUUUUCUCUCCCAGAAGAAGAUCUCAGGGAAAAAAAUCGGUGGAGCUCCCCUGUCACUCCCCAAAGUGCGCAGGAAUCCCCUAGUCGAGAUAAUCGCUAUCAACACGGGUUGUCUGAACCAGUGCACCUACUGCAAGACGAAGCACGCACGGGGUGAGCUGGGAAGUUAUCCCCCAGAGGAGAUAAUCCAGCGAGCUGUUCAGGCCUUCGAGGAGGGUGUCGUCGAGCUCUGGCUGACGUCAGAGGAUACAGGGGCCUACGGUCGAGAUAUCGGGACGAGCCUCCCCGAGUUGCUCUGGAGAAUUGUAGAAGUUAUACCCGAGGGUUGUAUGAUGCGUGUGGGUAUGACCAAUCCCCCCUACAUCCUGGAGCAUCUGGAUGAGAUCAGCAGGAUCCUGAAUCACCCCAGGGUCUACAAAUUUCUUCAUGUACCAGUGCAAUCUGGAAGUGAUCAGGUCCUCAGUGACAUGAAGAGGGAGUACUCGAGGUCAGACUUUGAGAGAGUCGUUGAUGUCCUCCAGGAGAAGGUCCCCGGGGUUACAAUCGCCACUGAUAUUAUCUGUGGCUUUCCAACGGAGACUGAGGAGGACUUCGAGGAGACGAUGAGCCUCUGUAGGAAAUACAAAUUCCCCAGUUUGUUCAUUAAUCAGUUCUUCCCAAGGCCUGGAACACCAGCUGCUAAAAUGGAGAAGAUACCCACACAGCUGGUGAAGACGAGGACGAAGAGGCUUUCUGAGUUCUUCCAGUCGUAUGGACCUUAUGGGGAGAGGGUGGGACAGGUGCAGAGGGUUCUUGUCACUGAGAGCUCGCAUGAUGGCAGAUUCUUCGUGGGACACAACGAGUUUUAUGAACAGGUGCUGGUGGAGAUGAGGGAGGGAGUCAUGGGGAGGAUGGUGACGGUGAGGAUUGUCGAGGCUAUGAAGUUCGCUGUCAGGGGGGAACUUGUGGGGGAGGGGGAGGCUGUGGGGAGGAAGGAGGGUGAGAGUAGGUGGCUGGCUGCCAGGGAGAUGAUGCCUGAGAUAUGGAGGAUUCUGCCAAUUUUUGUGGUCAUUGCGGCGGUUUUUGGGAGGAUGAUCUGGAGGUUUUUGAUGGUGUGAGAGACCUUGUAGUUGAGGGUAUAAUAAAUAAUGUUUUUACAGUGA